CGUAAAGAGAAAGAAAGAAGCUCGAGAUUCAAACCAAAAGCAAAGAAAGCGAAGAUAGAAAAGAAGGGAAACGAGAAAACGCCCAGUGAAGUUAAGAUAAAUAUUGCUCUAAAAAAACUUCGCGACAAUGAUUUAAAAUUCGUUAGAGGAAGUUCAUUGCCUCUUACAGUCUGCCCAACUAUUGGUUCUACGGAAUUGCUGAAUAAAGCUGCCGAGAAAAUCGUAAAAUUUAACAGCGAUUUAACGUUUGGAGCGUUUGGGUUUACUCUAUUGUACCCAGAUCGAACCAAAGUUAUUAACCUACCUGGUAGUGAGGAACCCUUUACCCUGGAAAAAUACAAGAAAGAUAUUGGAAAAGCAUACACACGUUUGACGUUCUACAUUUGCAAGACAGAAGAUUAUUUGGAAUUUCUGUACAGGCCAUCAUACUGCAGUGACAGUGACCCUGACUUUGAUAUUAUAGACAAGGUAUUAAAUAAUUUAUAAUUUACAUAUAAUUUUUAUACAUUAACGGGAUGGGAUCACAGAGUACUUACAUACAGAAUUCUCACUUCAGGAUAAUUUAGCCCGUUUUAAGUCACCCCCCUGAAGAUGUAUUUGAAAUUUAAUGUUCCAGGGGGGUGAAUGCCUCUUGUUAGGGCACUUGCAAGAACAUGGUGUCAGUCUGGGACUGUGCACAAGCUAAAACUGCCAGCUAUUUUGGUAAAUUUUUACGACCUUUACGGUUUUCCCACAGAAGUGAGACCUAGCUCUGUAAGUGAGGGAUCUGUGAUGGGAUGGUGGGUUUUUGGCUAGUGGUUUAUGGCAUCGCUCAGCAGGUAACGUUACUGUUAAUAAAUUGCCAAACUCUGGCACAGGAUGAAACUAUACAGUUCAUAUGACAAAUUUAUAACAAACCUUCAGACGUUCAGUUGAUACUUCAAGACGUUCAGUUGAUAUACUUCAAGACGUUCAGUUGAUAUUUCAAGCAAAGACCUUGUAAAGUUAACCUGAGUAAUUUACUAGAACUUUGUUCUGAAUCCUACUAUUAAAAUUAUCAACUUUCGAAACAAAAAUUACUCAAAUUACACACAAUAUACUUUUCUGUGUACUAAUGUUUCCUAUAUUCUCUUUUACAUGAAGUAUUUAACAUAAAGUAAACAAAAAAUCAUUAACAUAAAUUAUAAAAGUAUAUAAAAUGUCAAAACCUUUUCUACAGUACAGGCUAUUUUUCUGGGAAUUGGUAGAAUAGUUUCAAAGUAUUGCUUUACUGUUUAGUACAUAGCCCAAUCGGGCAUGACAGGAACUGGUGGACCCAGCAUGACAACAAUUGGAGAAUCCAGCAUGACACCAACUGGAAACCCCAGAAUAACAGCAACUGGUGAAUCCAAUGUGACAGCGAGUGGUGAAUCCAGAAUGACAGCUACUGGUGAAUCCAGCAUGACACCAACUGGAGACCCCAGUGUGACAGCAAUUGGAGAAUCCAGCAUGACACUUGAUAAUGGUGAAAUCAGCAUGACAACAUCUGGUGAAUCCAUCAUGACAACAUCUGGUGAAUCCAUCAUGACAACAACUGGUGAAUCCAUCAUGACAACAACUGGUGAAUCCAGCAUGACAACAACUGGUGAAUCCAGCAUGACAACAACUGGUGAAUCCAGCAUGCACACAACCGGAGAACCCCAAAUUUUUGUAGUGGACGAAGACGUAUCAGGAUCAACAACUGAAU